UUCUAUGACAGAAUGGAAAAUGAAUACAUCAGGUUUGUGUCUUUUUAGACAGGUAAGACAUCCGCUGUGGUUAGGAUUUAUAAAUCCUAACUUGGACGGGUAGUGGUACAUAAGCGGGAAGUGUUCAAGUCCAUUGGCUGACGACAGUUCCUUUUCUAAUGAUGAUGAUAAUCAACGACAGUGCCUUCUACUUAACAUGACAGAGAAUACCAGGGUAAUAACACAAAGUUGGUACGCCGCGUCGUGCCAAGAAAGGCAUUCCUUCGUCUGUGCAGCCGGUGCUGGUACAGUUGAGAUGACCGAAUACCAUGGUAUGGAGAUACAGGAAUGGGACACAUUGACAAACGAGGUGAGCACGAAAAACACCACAUUACAAAUUUGCCUGGAGAGAUGUCAGAUACAGUCGUCAUGUUUCCACAUGGUUUACAACUCCAACAGUAGUACAUGUCGACGGUACUACCGACCAUUACACGACCUACCACUGGAGUUCACUCUCGUCAGUGUGGACGAUAACAGCACUGUCUCCUACGUCAAGAGUCAGGAAAACAGAGUGAACAUCGUUAACGUAUCGGAUGCCGCGUUUACCACGACUUACAACUACACUGACUUACCGUGUUACGUGGACCACGUAGAUGUAGGGGAGACAGGAGCCACCGCCUCGCAGCAGACGUCAGAGACUACAACAGGACGAGACAUCACCACACGCAAUGGCGAAAGUCAGAUAGAGGAAAGUAUCCAGAUCAUAAGGGAGGAGAAUACGGUAGAUGUGAAAGCCCUGUCUUCUUACAGGAACAAGCGUAUUAGUGCUGAGGACGAGAGAAGCUCGGCCAGGGCCUUCGGUUUUAUUGGAGGAUUUAUCCUAAUUCUAGUGUGUUCCGUUAUAGUGUUAUCAGACAUAAAGAAAAUGGUUGGCGACUGGCGAAGUAUUCAUCGUUCGGUAAAAACGUCGUGUAGGGAAGAGAUCACUAGCCUUUUUACACAAUCGCGCUUUCUUCCUAACUACAGACUUCGUCGUCGGAACUCAAUAUGAUAUUAAAGGUAUGGUUAAGUAGCUAACAAAAUAUAGUUGCUUACAUUUAUUGAGUUUGGACAUUUCAAAUUGUUAUUACUAGAUUCUACACUCUUGUUAUUU